CAGGAGCACUACACAGACCAUGCCGGGCUCUCUGGUGCUGCUGCUCUCCCUGUUGGUGCUGUCCACAGGAAGUGAUGCCAGGAGGAUCAGGAAAAGAGGACUCAACCAUAAGGACUAUGAGUAUCUCAACCACCCACAGUCCACACAGCACCAGAAGAAUGACCGGUGUCCACCACCACCCCAGAUGCUACCAGAGAGAGCCUGUGAGGUGCCAGGCUGCCGCUCAGACUCAGAGUGUGAGCGCCAUAAACGCUGCUGCUACAAUGGCUGCAUCUAUGCUUGUCUGGAGUCUGUUCAGCCACCACCAGUGCUGGACUGGCUGGUGCAGCCCAAGCCUCGGUGGUUGGGGGGUAACGGCUGGCUGUUAGACGGGCCUGAAGAGGUUCUGCAAGCUGAGGCCUGCAGUACGACCGAAGAUGGAGACGAGCCCCUCCACUGUCCUACAGGCUAUGAGUGCCACAUUAUCAAUCCCGGAAAUCCUGCCGCUGGCAUCCCUAACCGGGGACAGUGUAUCAAGCAACGUGGCAACUCUGAUGGACGUGGGCUGAGGCACAAAUACUUUAAGGACUACAAGGACUACUUAGGUACCAGCUCGAACAAUGCUGUAGGCUAUGAAAAACAUCAUCACAAGCACCUGGGAUGAAAUGAACGUGACCUCAGCCUCAGCUACGACCAUAACACAACCUCAGACAUCAGCCCAGUCCUGUUCGAUCUGCUCUCAUCACACCUGAAACCAGAGUCAGAUCUGACCUUUUUACUAGACCUACAGCUGCUACCUCCUCUUUGCAAAGCUCCUGUCUUCUUCUAGCCUCUCAUCAGUCACAAAGUCCUAUUGGGAGACGAGUCUACAGUACACAGCCAAAGAAAAAAUGUUGAGGUUUUUUGUCUCUUUGUCUGAUAUCUGUGAAAAGAUGGAGCAGUUGGGGUUCAUGGUGAAGUAGAGGAAGAGAGAGCAGGGCGCACACCAAAGCUUUUUUUUUUUUAAUCAAAUGUGUCUUUACAACCUUCUCCCUCCCUGUCAGUCUGCCUUAUUUUCAUACACAAACACAAAAGGCUGGCCAGCACAGAAAACCAAAACCAUGUGGCCUUGUAUCAUUCUGCCUCUCUCAUUCUCAGAAAGACACAGCUCACAUUUCCUGUCCUGAAAUCUGGAAAGUUUUAUACACAAAUAGGAAAAACUGCAGCUGUGAUGGUUGCAUCUUUGAACUGAAUCCAAAUGUGAUAUAAUAUUCUAACUAAUUACUCUAAUUCUAGUAAUAAAUGCCAUAUGAGUGUGUGGAUUGUGUCAGUUUUGGAAAAUUUGGAACCGAAGCAGGUUAAUUUCAGCCAAGAGAUAUAUAAGCUGAUAUAUAACAUCACUGCUAUGAGAAGUAAGUAAAAUGAGAUAACAUAGUUGAUUUGGUGAGUAAUUUAAAGGGAUACUCCACUUGUGAAGGAGGAAACUUUGAACAACUUUCAACAAACACUUUUAAAUAAGCGUACA